UUCAGGCGGUUCACAACGAAUUUACAUUACAUCUACACUUUACCCCUAUUCCACGGUCGUUUCACUUUUACCAGGGGUAGAAUUAGUUUUAUCGGAGGUCGAGAGGAAUUUUAUUUAUUUGUUCCUUAUUUAGUUCACGGGGAUCAUUUGUUAAGAUUUAUAUUCGGACGGUUUGAAUUAUUUUUCACCACCAACAGCGGGACAGCACGAGCGAGCGACGGGGACCGGAGCUGAGAGAGAGAGAGACGUCUUGUGCUGAAUAAAACCUCAAGAGCUCGAGAUACAGAAUGGACAUUAUUACCAAAGGAUGGCACUAUAAAUGUCUCCUAACUUUGCAUUACUUUGCACGCAGUUCGUGAGAAAUAACAUAAACAAUAUUUAUAUUUAAUCCAUAUUUAUGUUGACCUCUGCUAUUUAAAUGUUUCUGUCUUCAAAUGGCUAAAUGGACUGUACGCUGAAAACUGAUGCAGUUAUUUGAUUCGAUGUUUUAUUUGAUUUUGAUUCGAUGUAUUAGAAUCCCCAUUAGCCGACGCCAAUGGCAACAGCUCUAAACUGCGUUAUCGUUGGCCUGUGAGUCAAUUCAAAAGAACAAUUACAAUAUAUUAUAUAUAUUGAUAUAUAUAUAUAUUAUAUUUUAGUUCAUUUUAGAGACGUUUUAACAUUGUAUUCAAUUUCCUUGUGUUGUUUUCGGAUUGUGCGUUCUCCUUGAGCGCCCCGAACGGAAGAAUCUAAACACACAUCCACCGGGGAUUAUAGCCUCUUCGCAUGAUGUCGCCUCUCAGCUGAGACCGGGACCUUUACGUUAAAACCUAGGACCCAGGACCAGAGCCUACCGGUACGACUGUGAGCCCGGAGCCGAAACAUGAGGGCGUCUGGCAGGGUGAUCUUCUUGCUCCUCUCGGUGGUGUGUUCGCUCUCCAGGUGUCGGACGGCCACUCUGGGCAGUGUCAGAGAUCUGGACACCAUGUUGGGGCCACAACAGUUCAGGGGCGUGGCCAACUUCAGCACAUUCCUAUUGGACCGUUCGUCUGGCGUUCUCUUCCUGGGUGCGAGAGAUGCCAUACUGGCCGUGGACACCAACAACCUGACACAGCCACCACGCACGAUUGUGUGGGAUGUUCCUGAGGAGAAGAGGAAGUCCUGUGUGGCCAAGGGAAAGACAGAGGGCGACUGUAAUAACUACCUCCGUCUGUUGGAGUUUCUUGGAAACGGGAGGAUAUACGUCUGUGGAACCUAUGCUUUUGACCCACAGUGUGCCUUCCUGAACAUGUCUUCCUUCUCUUUGGAGCGGGGGGAGAAUGGAGGGGUGAGGAUGGAGACUGGGAAAGGGAAAUGCCCCUUUGAGCCCAGCCAGCACUAUACAGCUGUUAUGGCAGGAGGUAUCUUGUACACGGCUGCCACGAGUAACUUCCUGGGAACGUUGUUCGAUAUCUCCCGGGCAACCGGACAGGAGCAGGAACGUAUCCGCACCGAGAGAUCCAUCAACUGGCUCAGUGACCCAGAGUUUGUGUCGUCGGUGUUCAUACAACAGGAUGAAGACAACAACCCACAGGGUGAAGACAACAAGAUCUACUUCUUCUUUACUGAGGUCGCCAAGGAGUACGACCUCUACACUAAGGUCAAAGUUCCCAGGGUCGCACGUGUCUGCAAGUCUGAUGUAGGCGGUAUGAAGACGUUACAGAGGCGUUGGACCACCUUCCUCAAGGCUCAGUUGGUGUGUGAGGACAGAGCCAGCGGACAGCGUUACAACAUACUGACUGAUGUCUACACAAAACAACACACAUCUGGAGACCCUAGCUCUACACACUUCUAUGGUCUCUUCACAUCUCAGUGGGAGCAUGAGGAAUUGUCAGCGGUGUGUGUCUACAGUCUGGCUGACAUCAGUAAAGUGAUGGACGGACCCUUUAAGGAACUGAAGAAGACCUGUGAGAACUGGAUCAACCCAGAACCAGUACCAACACCUAGACCUGGACAGUGUCUGAACAGUGCUCUGAGAGCGGAGGGCUUCGAGUCUUCUCUCAAACUGCCGGACAAGGUGUUGACGUUUAUGAGAGACCACCCUCUGAUGGAGAACAACGUUAUCGCAGCGCCUCUACUGGUGAGGAGGGGAAUCACGUACACUAAAGUAGCUGUUACCAGGACGACCACGGGGUCAGACGAUGAUCAGAGAGCCACCGUGCUGCACCUGGGAACAGAUCGUGGGGAGCUCCAUAGAGUACUGGUGGUAGGACACAUCACUACACUACUACAGGAGAUACCUCUCUUCUCUGCACAGGAACCUGUCAACAACAUACUGCUACACAAGGGGCAGGCUCUAGUAGGUACCCCCCUAUCCCUGGCCCGUGUGGGGGCAGAGGGAUGCAGCCUUUACCCCAGCUGUGAGGUGUGUGCCCGGGCCAGACCCCUGGGGUGUGUCUGGCGGGCCAAAGAGGGUGCCUGUGGCCCCGGCAUGACAGAGCCCAGCCAGAGACAGGAGGUUGAAGAUGCUCUGAAGCUGUGUGACAGCGGAGAAGGUCGUUGUUCCCCUGUCCUGCGAGAGCUGCGUGUCUCUGUGGGUCUCCAUGUUCUGCUACCCUGUGUCCAGGUGUCAACACGCCCCUGUACCUGGGAACACCCGCCACACAGACACACCCGUCAACAUCACUCUGACCUGGAGGUCACUGUCACAGAGGAAAGCCUGGGGACAUACACCUGUCUAUGUCAGGAGGGUGGACCAGAGGGUAAGGAGGAGAGUUCUGCCUGUCGCAGAGCCUCCUACCAUCUCACCCUGGAGGGUCCCAGCGCUGGGGGGGCCAUGGCGAUGGCUGGAGGACGUCACCUACUGGCCAUCUACAUGCUCUGCUUCGUCCUGGGCAUCGUCCUCGGAGGCUUCCUUCUCUACUUCCUGUCCCGCCGACGUGUGAUUGGCCAGCGCCACCCAGACCACUCCCUUUCCUCUGAGAAAGGGCAGGACUUACUGGGCUCCUCGGCGACACCGCAGUCACCUAGCAGCGGAAGUCUUCUGUCAGAGGGGUUCCCAUUAACGGAGAAGAGAGGAAAUGGAACACUGCUACUGACACACCACCACGGCAACGGAAACGGCGGUCACCACGGCAACUACGGCGUCGCUGGCGGCAACGGCGGCUGCGACGGUAACGACGGCCACGUCGGCGGCCACGGCAACGCCGGCUACGCCAACAACGCUAACUGUAACGUGCAGACGGCAGCGAGCGCUGUGAAUGGGCUGAAGCUUCACGUUCAGGAGAUGGUGACGGACGAGAGGAGGGGAGGAGAGAGAGAGAGGAGGAGGCCGGAUGGAGGACAGGGGGAUGAGGAGGACGAGGGGCUAGGGGAGGGGUUGGGGGGAAUUGAGGAGGAGUUAGCGGGGUUUGCGUUGUUUAAGUUACCAGCACCAUUAGCCCAGUGUGAGGAGAGUUCAAUCUGA